AUGACAGCCUCACAGUCCAACGGCGACAGCCCUGCCACCAAGGGGACCUUUGCGGCAGGCAGCCUUCCCAGCUUCGACGACAUCCCCGCCGUACCCGGGAUGCCGCACGGCUGCGCCUGGAACGUGUGGGGCCAAGGCGACGAGCUCGGCACGCUCAACCUACUUACACCCGAAGUAGUCGCGCGCUCCGCCUCGGAAAACAUCCGCACGGGCGAACGUGUGCAAAUCGACUGGGGGCUCGACAGCGUCGAUGUGCCCGCCAACAAGCGCCUGCACUUCCGGCACGAGCUCAUCGAUCUCAAGCAGCGCCUCGGCGUCUACGCCACGGACGACGAAGUGCAUCUCAACACGCAGACGUCGUCCCAGUGGGAUGGGUUCAACCACUUUGCGCACCAGCACACGCAGAUGUACUACGGCGGCGUCAAGCACGACGACCUGCACUCCGGGAGGAUCGACAAGGCGGCAAGGAAUAGCAUGCACAAGUGGUGCCUCAACGGUGGGAUUGCUGGCCGCGGCGUGCUUGUCGACUGGGUGCACUGGUGGGAGUCUACAAAGCCAGCCAACGAGCCGAUUCCGGCGGGGAACUCGUCGUUUCAGAUCCCACUCGCUCAGAUUAAGGAGGUGCUCGAGUGGCAGAACACACAGCUCCGCACGGGCGACAUCUUGUUGUUGCGAACGGGCGUCGUGAGAUGGUUCGAGAAUGCGUCGGACCAGGACAAAGUCAAGGGUAUGAUCGAGAACGACAAUUUCCCGGGGAUUGAAGCGACGGAAGAGGUCAAACGCUGGAUCUGGGAUUCUCAUUUCGCGGCCGUGGCCAGCGACAACAUGUCGUUCGAGUUUGGUCCUCACGGAGACCUCUGGCUGCACGAAUGGAUCCUGCCUAUGUUCGGCUGCCCCAUCGGCGAGCUCUUCGACCUGGAACGCCUCUCGGUCGCCUGCCAGAAGCAUCAGCGCUGGACUUUCUUCCUCACAUCAGCUCCAAUUCGAGUCAAAGGCGGCAUCGCCUCGUCGCCCAAUGCCAUCUGCAUCUUCUGA